AGAGGGAGAGAGAGCAGAGGCAGCCCGGAGCAGCCACACAGCCACACAGAGCAUCAUUGGGACGAGCUGCCACUGCAUGAAGAGCUGCAAAGGGGGAGGUGGUUGAAAGGAAGGGGAAAUGCAGAUCUCACCACAGUCGGUUUAAGCUGAACCCUAUCAGCAGAUGGUUGUGUGUGUAGGAGCAGAGAUCUGGAUGUGCUGGCUUGUCACUCGGGCACACACACAGGCAGCUGCACUCGGAACCCCAGCCUACCCCUAGUAGCACCCAGGUGUCCUGUGCAGGAAAGACCCUUAUUCAAUGAAAGGUGCUGGUUGCACAGUGCGAUCUGUUGUUUUGCUGCUGCAGCAGAGAGACUGCUCCUUCCAGCUGAGGAUCUGUCUAUUCUGUGUGAGGCUGGGUCACUGAUAUCUGUGGGCAAGGGGAUUACCUGCCCUACAUCUGACCGGCAGCAGGUCCCUUACUGACACCUCACUGGGAUCUCUUACACCCCUGUGGAACUUUUGGGGUGCACUCUUGAAGCCAGAAGUCAACAUAAAUGGUGGAUGCGAUAGUGGAGUUUGACUACAAAGCUCAACAUGAGGACGAGCUGACUAUAACAGCUGGUGACAUCAUCACCAAAAUCAAGAAGGAAGAUGGCGGUUGGUGGGAAGGGGAGCUGAAGGGAAGAAGAGGUCUGUUUCCUGACAACUUUGUAAGAGAACUGAAAAAGGAUACCAAAAAGGAGCAAAACAGUAAACCUCCAGACAGGCCUACCCAGGGAAUAUCCAACGGGAAUGCACUGCUCUCGAGUGAAGCUGUUAUCCGGAGUGCUGGCAGAGGUGAAAGGACGAGGCGGCGGAGAUGUCAGGUCGCCUUUAGUUACCUGCCCCAGAAUGAGGAUGAACUUGAACUUAAAGUUGGAGAAAUCAUUGAAGUUCUUGGUGAAGUGGAGGAGGGCUGGUGGGAAGGUGUCCUUAAUGGGAAGACCGGCAUGUUUCCUUCCAAUUUCAUCAGGGAGAUUGUAACUGAAACAGAAAUCGGUAAUUUUGAGCAACAGAUAAAAACAGCAUUUAAAGAUACUACUGGCUCAGAAAGUGAUGGCGGUGAUUCCAAGUUAGAAGGAACCAAUGGAACAAGUGGGGGGGAAACCCAGUCGAAAAGGAUCAGGGGAUUCGGCUUUGGGGAUAUUUUCAAAGAUAAACCAAUUAAACUCAGACCAAGGUCAAUAGAAAUGGAAAGUGAAAUUGUGCCAAUAGAAAAGGCAAUGGGAAAGAAAAUGCCACCCACUGUGACUUCACAGGAGCCGAUGAAAAUAGAGACAGAGAGCAAAACAAAACCCAGGGAGUACUGUAAGGUCCUAUUCCCAUAUGAAGCUAUGAAUGAAGAUGAACUGACAAUCAGAGACGGUGAUAUUGUUACUGUAUUAAGCAAGGAAUGUGUUGAUGCCGGCUGGUGGGAAGGAGAACUUAAUGGGAAAAAGGGUGUUUUUCCAGACAACUUUGUCAAGCUCCUCCCUUCUGACUUUGAAAAGGAACUCCAUAGACCGAAGAAGCCUCCUCCUCCAUCAGCUCCUGUCACCAAAUCAGGCACAAGUGGUACCUCAGAGAGAAAACAGGACAUCAGGAAGAUCCCCCCAGAGAGACCAGACACCCUGCCGCAGAGGCCAGAUGAGAAGGAAAGGAGUGAUAGAGACCACAAAGUGUCAGACUCACUGAAGCACUCAGUACCCGCUAUACCUCCAAAGAAGCCUCGUCCUCCUAAGACAAACUCUUUAAGUAGACCUGGGACACUGCCUCCUCGAAGACCAGAAAGACCAGUAGGGCCUGUAACGCACGGAAGGAGUGAAAGUCCAAAGUCAGAGGUGGGAAUCAAUACAGUGUCCAGUACGCCUGAACGAGACCCCUCCGAUAAAAGCAAUGACAUCGAUGUAGAAGGUUUUGAUUCAGUUGUGACAGUGGGAGAAAAACUAAGUCAUCCGACUGCAUCAAGACCUAAAUCCAGUGGGCGACGUCCUCCAUCCCAGUCACUGACAUCGUCUUCCCUAUCUAGUCCAGAUUUCUUUGAUUCCCCAAGCCCAGAGGAAGAGAAGGAUGAGCUUACAGCCUUGGCACAGAGAGCAAUAGAGGCUUCCAAGAAAACAGCAAGAUCUGCUGCACCAUCACAAAUGCCAGAUAACAGAACUGUUUUACCGCCCAAGCCGGGAGGCUUGAUCUCCAACGUGAGCUUCUCUCAUGGGGCAUCUGGAGCACCAUCAGCAUUCCACACCGUUGCCGCUGGCAGCCACAGGUCGAACUCUCCAUCCUUCUCGAGCGCAGAAACAAGACAGAAGGCUGAUCAUAGUCAGUCGCCCUUAGAAGAGUUACAGUCACAGGUCAAGGAGCUGAGAUCUAUCGUUGAAACAAUGAAAGACCAACAGAAGAAGGAGAUCAAACAAUUACUUUCUGAACUAGACGAAGAGAAAAAGAUACGAUUAAGAUUACAGCUGGACGUCAACGAAAUCAAGAAAGCUCUACAAUCCAAAUAAGGCAAAGAACAAAGAGAAGGUGUCAUGGAAUCCGCUGCAAGUCCUCGAAUGACCGAACACUUCCGACCCCAUCAGCCAACAGAACCUGGUGCCAAAUGAAUUCAGAUUUGCCUCAAACAAGCGGAAAGCACAACAGCAGCUCCACCUAUCAGAGACUCCUUUGUGAUAUUUAUAAUGUGGCACAUGUGACAAGUUGACGUUAUUUCCAGCUCGUGCUGAAGUGCUCCUACUUAGCCGCCGCUGCUCGGGUGCCAGAGGGAACUACAUGGUAUUGCUCCUCGCCUCUCUGGCGCUCCGGGGAGACAGAAAACUGCAAAUGAAUAAACUCAGGCAGUGCACUUCAGAGUGGUACUUUUUACUGAUGAUAUUUUUUCCAUGAAUAAAAUGUAUUUCAGAUUGUCUGUUUACAAGCUUUAUAAUUUCUAUGUUUCUGGUGUACGUCUUUUAUCCCCCUGCCCUCAAGAUCCUUCCACCUGUUUGUACAAACUGUAGUCAUGUGGGUUUUGUUGUUUUUUUGCUCUAGUAUGUACCGGCUAGGGAUUCUGGGUUUCUUAUUAUUAUAGUAUACAUAUGCAAAGUGCAGCCCAUGGGAAAAUGCUGAAAGCGCUUCUGAAAUGUAUUUAACUGUGUGUAAAAGACUGGAAUGGUCCUUAAACAUGCUUUGUGCCUUUCUAUUUGCCUAACGCAGAGUUGCAAAAAAAUGUAUUUAUGGUUUAUUGUAAAAGAGCGUAUAGUGUUGAGCACGCCAGUGGGUGGUGGAAAGGCUCCUCCCCAGCAGUAUUAUGUGGGUACGCCAGUCAUGUGAGUGUGGCCCCCUGAUUCCCUUUCAGGCCAGAAGGGCCUUUGUAGCAAAUGGUCAUAGCAAUAGUCCAAAUAGCCAAAUUUCAUAAUGAAUGCAAUAAAAAACAUUUGAUCUUGUCAA